GCGCCUCCUCUCAUUUCCAUUUCCAACUUCACCAUGCUCAAACCCAAAGCCCUCGGCGACCACCAGAACGCACACAAGAAGGAGCGGCAGCAGCUCAAGCGCGCCCAGCUGCAGGCCAGCUGCAACGCCGCCGCCUUGUCUGCCCAUCAUCGGCAACAUGCACCAGCUCGGCCUAAGCCCGCACAAGUCCCUUGCCCACCUCGCCAAGGCAUACGGCCCCUUGAUGUCCCUCAAGCUCGGGAAUCAACUCGCCGUGGUGGCCUCGUCGCCGGAGAUGGCAAGGGAAGUCCUCAUCAAGCAGGGCCUCGCUCUAUGCCGGCUCUUCACUCUCGACGCCGUGUGCAUCCACGGCCACGGCGAGGUUUCGGUCGACGGUGGCGCUGCAGCUCGGCAGGCGAACAGCUGUCGACGGUGGCGCUGCUGAAACAGAUUUCGAGAGAGAAGGGGUCCGCGGCGGUCGAUGGCAGCGCCGCAGCAGUGGAACUUAGCAGUCGAAGGCGGCCGCGCUAUGAACGUCGGAGAGGCCACCUUCACCACCAUGUCCAAACUCAUGUUCGCCACACUCUUCUCGAUCGAGCUCACCGAAUACGGCGCCUCGGAUGCCGGAGCUAAUCGGAAAUUCAGGGAGCAUGUUAACGCCAUCACCACCAACAUGGGCGUUCCCAACGUCGCAGAUUUCUUCCCCAUAAACUGCUGCUGCCCAUUUCCGUCUCUCUGAAAUUGCAGCCGUUGUGUCGCCUUUGAUGGAAAUCCAGCGAGUUCAACCUCCAACACUACCGUACCUCCAUCUCCCGCCAUUAGUAGCAGCGGUCUCCACUCUCACUGCCGCUUCUCUCCACGCUAUACACAAUUUAAAAGCUCGAAAACAAUAUAAGAGAAACUACAAAGGAGUUUUACCUUGAUGAAGCACGGUCGUGUGUUGCUAACAACUUCCCUACUACUGUUAUUUCCAGCAA